GGCAGCCACAGGAGCUCCCAAAUCGGCAGGGACGUGCGCCGCUAUUCUCUCUCUCUCUCUUCCCCCCCUCUCUCACUCUUCUUCUCUCUUUCCCCCUUUUACCCCGCCUUUCGGAGAAGAAAGAAAAAAAAUUAAUACAAACAUUAACAGCGAGAUAGACGAAUAGUCACCGGCUGGGAACUCCGAUGGAUUAGUUUUAAUUCCCCCCGCACAGCAGCAGCACCACCACCACCACCAUCCCACCUCCUCUCCGAACCUAGAGAAUGGGCUGCGUCCAAUGUAAGGAUAAAGACGCAGCAAAACUCACCGACGAACGCGACGCCGGCCUAUCGCACCACCCGGGCUACCGCUAUGGCGCCGACCCCGCGCCCCAGCACUACCCCCCCAGCUUCGGGGUCACCACCAUCCCCAAUUACAACAACUUCCACGGCGGGGGCGGCGCUACGCAGGGGGUCACCGUCUUCGGAGGCGUGCACACGUCCUCGCAGUCCGGCACGCUGCGCUCCAGAGGAGGAACAGGGGUGACGCUGUUCGUGGCUCUGUACGACUACGAAGCUCGGACCGACGAUGACCUCAGCUUCAGGAAAGGGGAGAGGUUCCAGAUCCUCAACAGCACAGAGGGCGACUGGUGGGAGGCCCGCUCGCUUACCACAGGUGGAACUGGUUACAUUCCCAGUAAUUACGUCGCUCCAGUGGACUCCAUCCAAGCCGAGGACUGGUAUUUUGGAAAAUUGGGCCGGAAGGAUGCGGAGAGACAACUGCUGUCCAACGGCAACGCCAGAGGCACGUUCCUCAUCCGGGAAAGUGAGACAACCAAAGGGGCCUACUCCCUUUCCAUCCAAGACUGGGAUGACAUCAAGGGAGACCACGUCAAACACUACAAGAUUCGCAAACUGGACAGCGGCGGUUACUACAUCACCACAAGAGCUCAAUUCGAGACACUGCAGCAGCUGGUGCACCACUACUCCGCGAGGGCGGCGGGGCUGUGCUGCCGGCUGAUCGUUCCCUGCCACAAGGGCAUGCCCCGUCUGACCGACCUCUCCGUCAAAACCAAAGACGUGUGGGAGAUCCCGCGGGAGUCGCUGCAGCUCAUCAAGCGUCUCGGCAACGGACAGUUCGGCGAAGUCUGGAUGGGCACGUGGAACGGCACCACCAAGGUGGCGGUGAAGACCCUGAAGCCGGGCACCAUGUCGCCCGAGUCCUUCCUGGAGGAGGCUCAGAUCAUGAAGAAGCUGCGGCACGACAAGCUGGUGCAGCUCUACGCUGUGGUUUCCGAGGAGCCCAUCUACAUCGUCACCGAGUACAUGAAUAAAGGUAGUUUGCUCGACUUCCUCAAAGACGGAGAAGGACGAGGCCUGAAACUUCCCAAUCUGGUGGACAUGGCGGCUCAGGUGGCAGCUGGCAUGGCGUACAUCGAGAGGAUGAACUACAUCCACAGAGACCUGCGCUCUGCCAACAUCCUGGUCGGAGACAGUCUGGUGUGUAAGAUUGCUGACUUUGGUCUGGCCAGGCUCAUCGAAGACAACGAGUACACCGCGAGACAAGGCGCCAAGUUCCCCAUUAAGUGGACCGCUCCCGAGGCGGCGCUGUACGGGAAGUUCACCAUCAAGUCCGACGUGUGGUCCUUCGGCAUCCUGCUGACGGAACUUGUGACCAAGGGCCGGGUGCCCUAUCCAGGUAUGAACAAUCGCGAGGUGCUGGAGCAGGUGGAACGCGGCUACCGCAUGCCGUGCCCUCAGGACUGCCCCACGUCGCUGCACGAGCUCAUGGUGCAGUGCUGGAAGAAAGACCCCGAGGAGAGGCCCACCUUCGAGUACUUGCAGGCCUUUUUGGAGGACUACUUCACCGCCACUGAGCCUCAGUACCAGCCGGGGGAUAAUCUCUGAGUGGCUUUUCCAAACUGUCCGACAGGGGGAGCCAGACACCCAGGUGACUCUAUAAAGCUCAUCCACUCCUCUUCCAAGCAUAAUCAUCAUCACACACAUGCACACACACACACACACACAAAGGCAAGAUGACUAUCAGGAAGGAGAUGGGCCCGCCAUGGAUGCAAAAAACACGACGAUGAGCGGUGUAACUUGUACGUAGUGUAAAUACAAAAAAAAAAAAAAAAUUGCUUCUUUACUUAUUAUUUCUAUCGGUCCCAUUCAACAUUCUACUUUUUGAUAUUUCCGGGAGCAGUUAAUCCACGAUGCAUUGUAGAAAAGCUCGUAGGUAGACUUAAAAACAUGAAUUAAUGGGGGUGAUAUCUAGUGUAACAUGAACAGGCCCCCGCAGCUGCUUUUUUUUUUUUUUUUUUUUUUUUUUUUAAUCAGCGAAUACUCAGAGCGGUACGUAAAUGUCGACACCUUGCCUCGCCCCACACUAAAAGGGGGCACCCCCCCAAAAAAAAAAAAAAGGAUGCAAAAUUUGCCAUCACCCAUCUGUCUAGAAUACCUGCUUCCAAUAUGGCCGAACGAGCCCUGGAAUUUGUGCUAAAUGGCUGCGUCAAACCAAAAUGGCUGACUUUCUGUUUAAUUUCCGGCACGUGUCACUAUUUUUUUUUAAUUAACUGAGUUUUGGGGAGAUUCUUGUCUGAAAUGCUGAUAAUACAAAAAUUUUCAACAGGUUGCACAUGCUUGGAUAAAUUUAUAAAUUGAUAUUUUUUUCCACAAGUUGAACCCUGGAAACUUCUGUGAAGACUUUUUACGAUUGUAUAAAAAAAGUAACGUGAUUGCUUGGAAAUACUGCAUUUCAGGUUUUGCUUUUUAUGGCAACUCGUUAAAGGGUCACCACACUAAUCCGACACACAAAGACAAAAAAUUCUGACUCUUAGCAGUUUUGCGUUUGUCUCGUAUCGCAAAUUCUCAAUUCGAACCAGUCGAACAAAAUCUCUCCAAGUUGUCCCGCUUUGGAGGAAACGCGGAAAAAGCUCAAAUUUGUGUAAAAUUGUCAUUUCCAACCAGAGCGCCCGACGGUCUUUUUGUUUUCGUGUAUCUACAUGUGAUAGAUGUGCUCAUCACAAAUUACCGGUCGCGAAAAUCAAAUGAAGUUUCAAAAUCUCAAGGACAAGUGAGAACCCUCGGAAAUGAGCAACAUUUCCCCAAAAUGGCCACUUUGACCCAAAAUGGCGGACUUCCUGUGACUUUUCAGCCAUGUCGUCUUGAGACUUUUUUUUUGUGGGUCUUUUCAUGAUAAAAACGGCUACUAGAGUUCAUGUUGCAAAAUGAAAGUUGCUUCGGGGGCUGAAUAUUCUAUUUUUGUUUUUUUUUUCUACUUAGUUAAUAUUCAUAUUAACUCUACUACGACUUCUACUACCGCCGCUCCUCCUCCUUUUCUCAAGGGACGCCGAUGUAGUACUACACCUGUUCUUGCCUUUUUCCUCUUCAGUAAGACUCUUUAUUGUAAGGCAGGGUUUCUCAAACUGGAUACAUAAAUCAACUUGAUAAUUUUCAACCAGUAAACAGGACUAAUAGACGUGGUGUCCCAGCUUUUUGUCCCUGGCCUUGUGCAUUUUCUGUCCCCUGCGCCACAGUUUGGGAAACUCUGCUGUAAGGGAAUGCCUUCUACUAAUUGCCUAGCGAAAACUCUUCCACCCUGCACCGAACAUAAAAGUGCAAACGCAAGCACUUAAGCGGCAAUGCAAGCGAAAACAAACACAAAAAAAGAGAAAAGACAAAAAAAAAAAAACCCACCCCUGCCACUUCAAGAAUGCCAAAACAUGCGUUCGAGACCAAACAUGUUUACAUCCUUUCAGAGCGUCGAUGCCUGCAGCGCUUGGGAGCCUUCCCGUGCCGACCCAUCUUGUGCGUGUCUUUUAAGUUGCAUUUUCUGUCACUAUAAUUUAUUGUCUCUGUCUUACUACUUGUACAUUGGUUUGAAAUUAAAAAAAAAAAAAAAGAAGAAAGGAAAAAAAAAAACAGAGUCUUGCCAUCAACCAGCCGGUGUGUCUUCUUUUGAUAGACUGCUGCAUUCAAAUUUUAGCGGUGUGCGGUUUUCUUCCCUUCUGGCCUGCGUGUCAGUCAGUCCGAGCCAACGUGACUGAACGGAGCGCAGCCUGUAUGCAAAUCACCUCCGGCGUGUCUGCCAAUCACAAGAACGCAGACGGAAAACUUGUACAGUAAUCGCUUGUCGUGACUCAUCGUAGUGGUUAGUGAAUUACUGUAUCAGAUGAUUGUAUGCCUGAAAAAAAAAAAAACAGGAGCUUUAAAAUGCAAAUAGAGCCUUUGAGGGAAUAAAGUUUUUUGUUUUUUGGGGGGAC